AUGACUUAUCAGAAUGAAUGGGAGUUAUGUGAAAAUCGGGAGGGUGUUAUUGAGAGCCCUAACGGAACACGGUUGUUCAUGGUCGCCAAAGGGGCUCCUCGGUCACCCAACCACCCUGUCGUAAUUUUCGAGUCAGGACUGGGUGUCAGCGGUGCACACUGGACAGCGGUACAACGACUACUGGACCCUCGCAUCCGCAGCUACGCCUAUGAUCGUGCUGGUUACGGAAACAGCCCGGAGUCAAAAAAGCCACGCAGUGCAGCCAAUAUGGCGGCAGAGUUACUCGAUGUUCUCCAAGCCGCGAAGAUAAGCCCCCCAUACAUCGUCGUCGCUCACUCCUACGGCGGAAUCAUCGCGCGUGAAUUUUUAGCUACUGCAGAUGUAGACGCGAUAGCCGGGAUGGUGUUGGUCGAUACCAACCAGGAGAAUACACACCCUCGGCUCUCCGUGCCCUUCUCUGCCAUACAAGCACUCUGCGGCGGGAGAGACUACCCUGAUGUCAUCGGACUGUUCCGUGACACUUCCUGGACCCAGGAAGAGCUGGACCGCAUUGCGAUAGAUGGAGGCGCCCCGACCACGGCUAGCACCAUGGAGCAGGAGGCAUCACUAUUGCUUCAAAGUUCAAUUGAUUUGGGGGAGAAGAACCAGUUGGAUGCGCGUCCACUGGGUAUGCGGCCGGUCACCGUUAUUCGAGGUGACUCACGUCGCGACUUUCAACGUCUGCGCACUGCUGCCCAGGAAGGUAACUGCGGGACCAAAGAGCAACUUCAGGAGAUGGACGACUUUCUCGAGAAUCGAUUCGACGUUUUCGACCGUGAGCUACAGAUGAACCAGCUACGCUUGUCGGGUAACAGUCGCUUUGUCCAGGCCACCAACAGUGGACAUGCAGUUAUGGCGACAGAGCCUCAGCUAAUUGCUGAUGAAAUUCUCGCUAUCUGGGACUCGAGCAUAUGA